AUGAAAUAUCCCUGGCUUCUCAUCUGUAUUUCGAUUUUCUCCUUUGUCCAAUGUCAGCAUUUUCAGCGGCGUGACCAUUCCCUUGUUCCUCCUUACUCAGGUGGAUGGAGUACUUAUGGUACAACUAUGGUUUCCCCUAGUAUUGUUCGCCUAACAGGAGAUCAGAAAGGUUCUACUGCUGGUAUAUUCAAUUACUAUGCACUUCACUCGCGGGAUUGGGAAGUUGUCAUUAAUUUCAAAGUGUCCGGUUCUAAAGGAACUCUUUUCGGUGAUGGCUUCGCUUUUUGGUACACGGCUACUCAUAUUAAACCAGGAUCGGCCCUUGGUGCUGAAGGUACAUUCCGCGGUUUGGGAAUCUUCUACGAUACCUAUAGCAAUCACAAUGGUGAACAUGGUCACGACCAUCCUUAUGUUAGUGCUAUGGUUAGCAACGGAUCAAUAACUUACGAUCACGAUCGUGAUGGCACUCAAACUCAACUAGCUGGUUGUCAUUCCCCUUUCCGAAACAAAGAUCACAGAACUCUUACUCGGAUCACUUACACUAAAAAUACUCUCAGCGUAUGUUACGUAGAUAUGGAUAUAAAUAAUCAAAACGAAUGGACGAAUUGCUUUUCAGUGAAAGGUGUACAUCUUCCUACUGGUUAUUUUCUCGGUAUUUCGGCUGCUACUGGUGACUUAACAGAUACUCAUGAUAUUCUGUUUCUUAAAACCUACGAUUUGGGUCUGCAGUAUAGCGAAGAAGAACUUCUUGAAGAUCGAAGCAUGAUUGAACCUUAUGCUGAAUCGGCCACACCUCCUAGAGAACAUGUUCCGGACGAGCAUAGAACUUCAAUCUGGACGAUAUUCCUCUACAUUAUCUUGACUAUUUUUAUAUUCUGCUGCUGUGUUGUGGGCUACAUGGUCUAUACGAAUAAUCAGCGUAGGAAGAGGCGACUUUAUUAA